UGCAACAUAAUCAUUAAGCAUGCUUAAAUAACUGUCUGAUAAGAAGCAUGUAAGAAAUGUGAAUGGUGAUUAAUAAGUGAUUAAAUGCAGACAUUACGAGAUUACUUUUACAUAAGUAUUUGCACUCUAUUAACGUGAUUGAAAUAAUAAAUUAAAUAAUCUUAAGAAAAGAAUUCUGAUCAAGAAAAAUCAUUAAAUAAACAUGAGUUCUAAAGAAGAUAAUAGAAAAGUGAUAAAAGUGGGAUCAAGAAAGAGUGAAUUGGCUUUAAUUCAAACGAAGUAUGUUAUUUCAUGUCUGCAGAAGUUGUUUCCCACACUGAAAUGGGAAAUUCAUACAAUGACAACUGUUGGUGAUCGGGUUUUGAAUAAAUCACUGCCAAAGAUCGGUGAGAAAUCACUCUUCACAAAAGACUUGGAAGAAGCUUUAGCAACUGGAGGUGUGGAUUUCGUCGUUCACUCACUUAAAGAUCUUCCAACUCAAUUACCUUGCGGCAUGACAAUUGGAGCGGUUCUUGAAAGAGAAGAUCCAAGAGAUGCAUUGGUGCUAAACAAAAAAUAUGAAGGACAUAAAUUAAGCACGUUACCUGAAGGAUCGUUAAUCGGAACAUCUUCUCUAAGGCGAUCGGCACAAUUAUCUCGCAAAUAUCCUCAUUUGAAAGUAUGUGACAUUCGGGGCAACUUAAAUACGAGAUUAGCAAAACUUGAUGCGCCCCAAUCAAAAUUUAGUGGAAUUGUUCUAGCGAAUGCUGGACUUGUCAGGAUGGGCUGGGUGAAUCGUGUAGAUCAGAUAAUCGAACCAUAUGAAUUACUUUACGCUGUUGGGCAAGGUGCUUUGGCUGUUGAAUGUCGUGUUAAUGACACCUUUAUUCUCAAUGUUCUUUCGAAAUUAUGUGACGUUGAGACACAAUGCCGGAUUUUAACGGAAAGAAGCUUUCUGAAGACAUUAGGUGGUGGCUGUUCAGCUCCUGUUGGAAUCAACUCAAACGUUAAUAAAAAUUCAAAUUCUCAUGACAACGAAGUCACUUUAAAUGUUGAUGGGGCUGUUUGGUCACUCAAUGGGAAAACAGAAAUUGUAGAUAAAAUUUCCCUCGACUUCAUUCUUAAUAAUGACAAAAAAAGAAUUGUGAACGAUGAAACAAACGAAGCAUCGCCACCAAAACGAAUGAAAAUUAAUGAAUAUGAUAAUGAAAACCUUAAGAAGAGUCCAGAAGUAAUUGACGAUUCUGGUUCAAGUAACGCUGGUAAAAAUGCUUCUGAACUCGUCAACAUUCAUGGAAAAGUUUUCGAUGUUUGUCCUUAUUCCGGACUAUCAAAGAAUGACCUGAAAGACAAUGAUAAUGAGGAAUCUUCUAAAGGAUGUCCCAUAAAAUUUGAUCACAUAACAAUGCCAAUCGGACAAGAUUUUAUGGGCGAAUGUCCCGUACUAAACACUGAACAAAAAAUUACAUUCGAUUCGAGUUCCAAGGAAGGUGGCGAUACUCUAGGUUGCCCAAUUGGUGGUAAAUCGAUUCCCACAUCGAGCGUCACGACAGAAGACAUAAAAAAAUGUCCAUUCUUACACCAACAAAAUGAAACAGUCGAACUUAUUGAUUAUGAGGCUAAUUUAGAUAAAACUGAAUGCAAGUCGAAAUCACUUGUAGAAAAUAUUGGUGAAACGACUCUUUAUUGUGGUUUCUUUUGUCACGAUGAAAUAUUGAGGCCAACAUUUGAUAAAUGUGAAGAACUUGGUAGAAAACUAGCUCAGAAAUUGAUUUCUGCUGGUGCCUUAGAAGUAAUGAAAGUAGCACAAGAUGAAAUUCAUUCGAAAUGUUAGCGGAAUAAGAUUUUUGUAUACGUUUUAGAUACUUUUUUUCAAUAUUGCAAAAUUAAAGUGCAAUACAAUUUUGGGUAAUGGUAAAAAUAUA